AUGUGGAAACACUCCAUGUGCCCCGUUACCAGCAUCCUACAGAAGAAUGGAAUCCCCUACAGAUGGGGCAAUCCCCGCUCACUUCAAGUCACCAAUGAAGGAACGCUGCACCGCAUCACUGAAUCCCAAACCUUCCUGCAAGCACUGGGCCUCUCCCUGACAGAACAACCAAAACAGCCCCCAUCAAAGGUACAUCGCCGGUAUGUGGAGAAGAUACAACCCUUCACCCCUAACAAGGACCGGCAGCGAGGAGCUAAAACGGCCCCAACUGGCUAA